UUAAUUUUUCAUGACCUACGAAUCCAGGCCUUUCCGCUCACAGGACGUUUGAAAGUUGUAGUCUGAAAGUUUUUGAAUAUGAAUGAACGAAUCAUUUCGUAAAACGUGCCCGUACAGCGUGACCUGCAACUAGGGCGUUACGUCAUCAGUAUGCGCUGAACAACGGAAGGACCCACGAGCGAUAACUUUCUUGACUGUAAACAAAAUCAUUUUGAGUAUCGUCGGAAAAUCACCGCUCAAUUAGCGAACGCUAACAUGUUUUAAAAUAAGUGAACGAUAUUUGAACUGAUGUAGACUGACGUAGUUUUAAACUCCAACGACGUGUGAAAAGACAAGUUGAUUUCUCAAAAAGUGGCUACAUUCGAUUUACCCACUGGAUUUGAAAGGCAAUCAAAUGAAUACAGGUGUCCAACUUCCUCUUUCGUCCCUGCGCCUGCUGGUAUCACCAGUUCAGCUUGUCUCUGCGGCAAUCUGGCAGACAAUUGAGCAACGAGUUGAGGCUGAUUAUGGGAUGGUCGAGGAGUUUGUUUCUGUGGUUACAGACACCGUGCCAGAGCUGCUUACCAACUCUCAGCGAACCCAACUCCUCCUGGGCCUUAGAACGCGGAAAGGUUGUCCCAAUGAGUCCCGCCCGUCAUACAACGAGGCUCUCAAGUCCCUCAUGGAGAUAUUGCUGUCCAGACUGGAGGGAUUUCUUCCUGGGCAAACCUUCAAACAGGUCGCCUCCACUUGUGAUGAGGUGUCCUCUGCUCUGGGAGAAUGCUUGAAGUCCAUGCACGGCUAUGAUGAGCUCAAAACCGUGCUUCAUUAUCAUAAGAACCAAAGCCAACAUAAACACAUAAAUAUUCCUUCAGAUGAUAUCUCUGCUCCCGAGCGUGCCGCAGUUAAAGAUCAUUGCUUUCAGGAGACCACGACAUUCACAGCUUCUCCAAAUGAAGAAUCUAUAUCAGACACUGCAGAUCAGCUCGGGAGAGAGAGUGACGAAUCUUACGAAACUGACGAAUGGGAUUCAGAAGAAACCACGGACAAGGAAGACAACACUGACGUCCCUGGUCCUAAAAUGGAUAGCUGCGCUCAAGGAAAAACACUUGACGGAUGCUCACCAUCUCGACCUGUUCGUUCAAACCGAGGUCUUAAAAUGAAAAUGAUUUUGAUGGAAGAAAAAAAAGGACUUAACGGUGAAGAAAAUCGCCCAGUGGAAAAAAACCCUCCCAGUCAAAUACAAGCGCCGAUAACGAGUACUCCCGAUUCUUCAGAUAACAAAGACGACGGAGGCGAAUGCUCGUCUUGGUCUUUCUACACGGAUGAUGACUCUCUGAGUCUCAGUUCAUGGUCAAGGAACUCUACCCUCUCGGAUGACGACGUACCCGAAGUCACACGUGACAGCUCAUCUCCGAUCUCCUUACACGAGGACACUUCUGACAUAGAAACAUAUAAAGCUAUCCCCAUAAAGAAGGUCCCUCGCCGAAGCGGUCCUUCCAAAAAACCCCGUAAAACCAAAUGCUUCAUCUGUAACGAGCAAGUGAGCACCAACUUAGACCACCAUAUUAAAACAAUCCACUUCCCAAACGGUGACUACACCUGCCACAAAUGCAACACCAGGUAUAAAAGUCUCGCAUCUCUCAGGACGCAUUUAGUCAAAACAUGCUACGACCAAGCUCAGCAGCAGUUAGCGCUUUACAAGUGCGACCUCUGCGAAAAGGGCUUCAGGUACAAGGUAUCGCUAGACGCCCACAAACAGACUCACAACGAACUCUACUGCAGCGUAUGCCGGAAGGUCUUAAAAGAUGCGGCAACUCUUGAAAGACACAAAGCUUCCCACACCCAAACCGGCUUUCACUGCACCCGUUGCGAGGAAACCUUCCCUGGUUUUAAACCCUUGCGCAGCCAUUACAACCACUUCCACAAUCUUAGCAAACCCUUUCAGUGCAAAUGUUGCUCCAACACGUACUCCAAACUGGAGUAUUUAAUCCGACACGAAUGGAGGAGCAGCGGUCAUUUACCGUUCCAAUGCAAUAUUUGCAGUAUGAGAUUUAAAAACGACAGCACUCUGGUUUCGCACCAAAGGGUUCACACGAAGGAGAAACCCUACCUCUGCGGAGAUUGCGGCAAAACCUUCUCCCAAAGAACCAAUUUUCUACGCCACUACCGUUUCCUCCACGGCGAUUCUAAAAACGAAAAGAAAUACUUCUGCACGGUUUGUCAGUCGUCCUUUAAAGCGAAAGGAGCGCUUACGAAGCACCAUAAAAAGAAACACCUCAAGGAACUCGUCCGCCAUCUCUGUCCGUAUUGCGGGAAGACGUUUUCCGCCUCAGCUAUCGCUAGGCAUAAAUUGUUACACACCGGAGAAAGGCCUUUGAAAUGCAGCGUUCCCGGUUGUGACAAAUCUUUCUUGUCAGCUCCCGAGAAGAAAAGACAUGUUCUCAUGCACCACUCCACCGAACGACCCUUCAAAUGCGAUACCUGCGGAAAGGGCUUCAUCACCGUCGGUUUUCGGAAUGCGCAUAGUAAAGUACAUUUGGGCAAGAGGCCGUUUCAGUGCUACAUCUGCUUCAAGGCUUUCCCAAAGCUCUACAAUUUGAUUAGGCACAAACAGCUCGUACAUGCAAUUUCAAACUAGAAAAUUAGCCAGACUUUUGGAGGCGGCACGGUGGCUGAGUGGUUAGUACGUCUGCCUCACAGUUCUGAGAUGAAGGGUUCAAUCCCAGGCUUCGGCCUUCCUGUGUGGAGUGUUUUCUCCGGGAACUCUGUUUUUCCUCCCACAUCCCAAAAACACGCAUAGUAGGCUAAUUCAUCCUUCUGCUGUGAAUUGGAAUGAGUUUAUCCCUUGUAGGCAGGGCCGGCCCAGCCUAUAGACCCUACUCACCUACGUCACAAAAUGGGCGUGUCGCUGUUUCCGGCCGCCAUAUUGUACCUCUUUUUCAGACCUAUUCUCAUUGUUUUCAAUUAGUCGAGCAAGUUAUAGAGCAAUUCAUGGAAGCCCCGGUGUUAUCUGACGCUGUAAACUCAUUGGAUCCGUUGCAUAAAAGGCGUUACGUGGAAAAGCUUCAGUUUAUCCAUUCGCCAGAUCCGUAUUUGAUGCCUAAAUCGAUGUUUUUCGACCCGCUGGCUUCGCCGUCUUUGCCUGACAUCUGCUAUCCUGAUAUUUACAACUAUCUUGUCCACACAAAAUCAGCCUAUUCUCACGAAACUUUGAAAAACUUUAAGAGCUUGGAGGCUUAUAAAUGCUACGUUGCUGGUUGGGUGAAACAGGUCCUCGUACACGAAAAUUCGGCUGGAAUCUUGUGCUCGGAAGGUGAGUUACGAAAUUUUCAAUUCAAAAUCUUUUGUUCUUGCUAACAUCCACUGUCAAGUCUAAUGUAUUUCAUGUCAUUUGUCAAUGGAGCUAGGGCUUUUAAUGUUUAUAUGGUUUAGCGAUAGCACUCUCACUACAUACAUACGUGUAUGUUGUCGGCGAUUAGCCUAGCAGUGAUCUUAAUUGUGGUUGUCAGCCCAAAACCCUCUAAAUAUAUAUUAAAUGCAUCUUACCAGAUAUAAAAUGACUACUACAUAAUCUGUGGUAGUCGUUUGGAGCCCAGUUUUCUCGUCGAAUUGCAGCAGUCAAUCUCGGUCUCCUCUUCGGCUCUCUCGGAAUACGGUAAAAAUUCAAGUCUCUCCGUCUAUCUUCUCUGUUUUUGCAACCGACCGCCACACACGACUUCACCAUUUUGAUUAUUAAUGUUAACGAGCAGAAAAACACGCCAUAAUAGGAGGAAUUUACGAAGCGCUAAUGCAUUAACAUGACUAGUAUCCGGACAACAUGGCGCGGGGGCGUGGCUGUGACGUCACGUGAGUAGGGUCUAUAGACCCUACCCACCGACGUCACAAAAUCACGUGCUCGCUGUAUGGUUCUGCCCCCUUGUCCGUCAUUUUGUGUCUGUAUUAUCAAUGGUCUCAAUUGAUCGAGCAAUUUAUAAUGCAUUUCAUGGAAGACCCGGUGCUUUCGGAUGCCGUAAACUCAAUUAAUGCGUUGCAUAAAAGGCGUUAUGUGGAAAAGCUUCAGUUUACCCAUUCGCCAGAUCCAUAUUUGAUGCCUAAAUCGAUGUUUUUCGACCUGCUGUCUCCGCCGUAUUUGCCUGACAUCUGCUAGCUACCCUGAUAUGUACAACUAUCUUGUCCACACAAAAUCAGCCUAUUACACGAAAGUUUGAAAUACUUUAAGAGCUUGGAGGCUUAUAAAUACUUCGUUGUUGGUUGGGUAAACAGGUCCUCGUCCACGAAAAUUCGGCAGGAAUCUAUCUUGUGCUUGGAAAGGUGAGUUACGAAAUUUUCAAUUCAAAAUCUUUUGUUAUUGCUAACAUCCACUGUCAAGUCUAAUGUAUUUCAUGUCGUUUGUCAAUGGAGUUAGGGCUUUUAAUGUUUAUAUGGUUUAGCGAUAGCACUCUCACUACAUACAUACGUGUAUGUUGUCUGCGAUUAGCCUAGCAAUGAUCUUAAUUGUGGUUGUCAGCCCAAAACCCUCUAAAUAUAUAUUAAAUGCAUCUUACCAGAUAUAAAAUGACUACUACAUAAUCUGUGGUAAUCGUUUGGAGCCCAGUUUUCUCGUCGAAUUGCAGCAGCCCAUCUCGCUCUCUUCUCUCCGGGUCUCUCGGAAUCCGGUAGAACUUCAAGUCUCUCCGUCUAUCCUCUCUGUUAUUGCAACCGACCGCCACACACGCCUUCACCAUUUUGAUUAUUAAUGUUAACGAGCAGAAAAACACGUCGUAAAUAGGAGGAAUGUACGUAGCCGUAACAGGUAAACUUGAUGUGUUGACGGACAAUUGGGCGGCACCAGUCAGGAGGAAGGAGUUGUGACGUCACGUGGGUAGGGUCUAUACAAGCUUAACACCAUCUACCACGUUAAUUAUCACCUUUACAAUACAUUGUAACACCCCUACCUUGUAUAAUUUAGCUAAAUAUGAGUAUACUGUUGGUAUGGACAUGCUGUAGUCUAUCUCUGGGCUACACUAACGAAGUUGUAAAAUUCUCCUUUCUUAGCAGUUAAAUGCCACACCGCCGGACAAACCAUUUGUCUCUUACAUCAUGACUGUGGACCCACUGUACUUUUGACGUCAUGUGGCAAUAAAGCUUUCUAUUCAACUCAAGCAACGCCUGUUGUCUGCUUUAAUAAGUCCAUUACUUUACACCAGGGGUCCCCAAACUUUUUCAUGUGAGGGCCACAUAACUUUUCCCUUCUCUGAUAAGGGUCCGGGGUCAGUUUGUAACAGAAAACAAUUGCAGGAGUGCCUAAAUAUACAAAUUUAUUGUUUUUCAGAAAGCCACAAUCAAAAAACCCUUUCUGGAUUCUUCACGGAACAAAAGUAAAUAAAAUAAUAUAAUGAUAAAACUAUUAAUUAAAUAGAUAAUAACCCAACAACCCUCUCUGGGUUAUUCACAGA